AGUGGGGGCGGUGCAUUUCGGGGGCGCGCCUCCCGCUCGCACUCGCUUUGGCUUUGUGUGUUGAAGACUCGUGUUGUGGCCGCGACCCGGAAAACAAGGAGACGCCCGCCCGCGGCAGACAUGGAGGAGCUGAGCGCGGUUGGGGAGCAGGUGUUUGCCGCGGAAUGUAUCCUGAGCAAGAGGCUACGGAAGGGCACGGCUGAGUACCUGGUCAAAUGGAGAGGCUGGUCCUCCAAACAUAACAGUUGGGAACCAGAGGAGAAUAUCUUAGACCCACGGCUUCUCGUGGCAUUCCAAAAAAGGGAGCAGGAGAAAGAGCUACGGAACAGAAAGAGAGGUAAAAGACCAAGGGGAAGGCCACGGAAAAAUGUGGAAACGGAUAUUCCUUUAAAGGCAAAAUCCAGCAGCUCCUCUUCUUCUUCCUCCAGUUCAUCAUCCUCAUCAUCUUCCUCUUCCUCCUCGUCUGAUGACAGUGAUGCCGAGACACAACAGCGCAACCCUCGUCCUCGGGAUUCUCACCCUGUCCCUCAGAAGAAAGCACCAGCAGUAUUGGCAAGAACAGAACUGAAGGAACCAGUUCGGAAGAAAAGGGGUCGGAAACCUCUGCCUCCUGAACAAAAGCUGCCCCGCCGUGCAAAAGGGGCAAAGCCUGGGCCGAAGGGUUCCAUGAACAAACUACAACCAGGACACAACAUACAAGGAUUUCAAGCCCUUAAAACCCACUCCAAAGACAUGCACGCGUCCAGUAACAAUAGGCCUGGAGGACUAUCUGCAGAGUUACUCUCCAGUAUUGCAAAGAAUUCACCCACUCAGCCAAAUGGAAGCUCACCACGAAGCCUUAGCUGGCAAAGUUCUAUUGUGCAUUACAUGAACCGUAUAAAUCAGAACAGUUCACAGCCUGGAAGAAAACCAGCAAGCUCCACAUUCAAUGCAAAGAGGAGUUGUCUGGAUGCAAAGAGCCUCUUCAAACCAAGAAGUGAAGCGGAGAUAAGCCCAGCCAUGCCAAAAACAUCUAAACUUCAUGAAAAUGAGGAGCAAACUCAUUCCCACACAGUACAGCCGGCUCCUACUGUGGCAGCAGGCAGCAAUGAGAAUCCAAGCCAGAAUGCUCCUGUGCAAACUAAAACACAGGGCAUGCGUGCUGUUGUUGUGACUAGCCCCACUAGUCAAAACACCCAGAAAAGUAAUGGUUCUCAUGCAGUUGGAGUAGCAACUAGCUGCAAGGGAGAUAAAAUUGGCAAGAAGACUGGAGUAGUUACAGAGCCCACGGCUCAUCCUGCAACAGAGAGAGCACAACCCACAGAGGGGCAAAGGGAUGUGGCAGAUCUGAGCACAGGUGAUGAUAGCAGCCUGGACUCUGACCACGACUCCUCCCUCUCUAGUCAGGACAUGGCUGUUCAAGCAAGCCAAGACUGGAAGCCUGCCCGCAGCCUCCUGGAGCAUGUUUUUGUGACAGAUGUCACUGCCAAUCUCAUCACAGUCACAGUCAAGGAGUCUCCGACUAGUGUUGGCUUUUUCAAUAUGCGACACUUCUGAUGUCAUUUUGUGGCAUUCCCAAAGUACAUCUCAACUCAUGCUAAACCUGCCUUGAACCAUUUGUCCUGUCUUCAGCUACAUCUAUAUUUGUAUUAACAAUCAUCUCCAGUAUGUGUGUCAUCACCUCGGCAUAAUUUUCAGUGCCUAAAAGAGCAUGAGGCCUUACAACAAAGUCUCACAAGAAUAGGACGGUUCUUUAUGCAUCAUAUAAUUACAUGUAUGCAUUUACCUUUGGUUUAUAUUUUAAGUAUUGUUCUUAAAAUAUUGAGAGUAUGGAUUUUUUUUUAAAAUUCUGUUCAGGUCACACGUCAUGUGGAUCUUUGAGUUUUGUUCUAUGCUGAAUAGGUUGCUUGAGCACCUAGCACUGACUGAAUGAAUAGGGAAAAUAUGAUAAGGAAGAAUUUCUCUCCAUUCCUUUUAGUUGACAUAAAUAUUAGGAAAGUACAAAAAAAAUAUCUUUAGGCAAUCGAUACAAGUUUAAGUGACAAUGCCUUAAAAAAUUCCACGUUAGCAUUAAAGAAAGUCAUGUUGAUAUGUUGGGCAACUAAAGCCAAUGAUAUUCAGGGUGUGUGAUAAGCCAGCGUUAGUCCAAAUAGUUAUGUGCCUUUCAAACUACCUGUUACAGGCUACAGUCCUCUAAACAAUCAGCGAUGAGGGUGGGAACAGAAACAUAAAUGAGGCAUUCCUUGCACUUCAACACACCAGUUGUUUUCAGACAGACCCUGGUGCCUGUUGGAAGGAACAUCCCAAGCCUUUGUUUUAAAAAGCAAUAAUACUUUUGAUUCCCUCAAUUUUAGUCCAGUGCCUUAUACCAACAGAUAAGCAAUCUAAUUAUGCACACUUAAUCUUUAAUGUUAUGGUUUUUGGGCUGACAGGGACUAUACUGAUCGCCAUUUUACUGUGUAUGGUAAACUGCUUUCCCCUGCACAAAAAACAAGUGACCUUUUUAGUAUUUAAAUACAGACCUGAAACCCACCCCAGCCCCCCUUUCCUUAUUGAGAACUGCCGAAACGAAAUAUUUUGUGUACUACUAGUUGAGUAGUUUGCUUUCAGUAUAUUCAUGCUUUUGCUGCAGCUUUCCCCAUUUGUCAGCAGUCUAUGAGGUGUCUGGUUCUGUACAGUGUCUUGAAAGUGUGUGUUUUCAGCCUUUGUGUAUAUAUAUUGUACCAAAUACUAGGUUCUGUUCCAGAAUCUGCUGCAAAUCUCAUGUCCAAAGCCAGACCAAAUGACUUAAAGGAGAACUAAAGCUUAACUAAAGAAGUAGCUAGAAAUGUUGUACAUUAUGUUUUGUGCUUCUGUACCAGCCCAAGGCAACCACAGUCCUUUAGCAGUAAAGAUCUGUGUCUCAUAUGCCCCAGUAUUUUCUGGUGAUUCACUGCACAUGCUCUGUGCUGCUGUCCCUUACUGAGCUUAGGGAAUGACUCACAAAAUACAGUACACAUAGAAUAGAAGUGUCACAAUAAAAGGCCGAUUAGUUAUUAAUACAUGGCAGCACAGAAACCAGUGCAAUUAGCAUCAGAAUUUAAUAAUCAGCCAUGUAGCAUCAUCUUAUAUUACAGCAUAACCUCAUUUUCUACUUGAUAAUUUGCAAUGACCCCUAAGCUUAGCUGUUCGGAGUCCACCGAGUAGGUGAGUGUUGCUAGUGUGUGACAAGUUUGAAGUCCUGGAUCAUUGCUGCUAUUGAGAAGCUGAAACUUUAGGCUGGUGCAAUAAGUUCCGUAUAUAAAAUGGCAUUUUUAGCCAUUCAUUUUUAGGGUUUAGUUCUCCUUUAAAUGUUGUUUCAGCAAGAGAAUUAGGUGUUUUCUAACAGUAGGAGAGGCAACAGCCUAUUAACCUAUACUACAUUUGUUUCUCUCUCAUUGCAUACAAACGACAGAGUAAAUAGAAGGAAACCCUCGGAUGCACUCCACAAUCUAACAUUGUCACAGAAGGAGGCAUUUUAACUGGUUAGAAUAGAAUAAGACCCCAUUAUAAUCAAAAUGUACUUGUACAGCUGUGUAAAAUCCAUAUUAUUAGUUAGGGGAAAAAAAUGUAACCUACUUAAAUGACCUUUUCCACAAGAAUGUCUUCUUUGCCUUUGUCCCAUUGACUAGCAGACACGUCUGAGGUGGUGUAAAGUAAUGUAAACAUCGUAAUGGACGGCCCUAAAUCAUCAGUAAGAAGAACAACAGCUUUAUCAAUACCAC